AUGCUUUUCACCAAUCUCGUCCUCGCAGCUCUGGCGGUUGCUGCUCCUGUUGCCCAGACAGCAGACUCAACCGCAGAUAUCUCUAAACAGCCCAAGUACAAGUACCCCGAGUCCGACUUCUACUUCAAUCUGAUUUCCGACGAUGGGCAAGUCACCGUCAACUCGAGUGGCCUGACACUGGGAUACACCGGCAAGGACACUUCGGCCUCUGGAAACGAGUUCAACAUUGAUGACGACGGGUUCCUCAACUACAACAACAAGGAGUACGUCUACAGCGGCCACAUUGCAUUCGACCAUACCAACAAGGCCGUUCUGGUGCCUGGAAAGGGUAAUCCUGACAACAAGAGCGACUCUUCCCCCUUUUCUGUCAACGACGCCUUUGGAAAGAACCUCCUAGCCUUCGACUCUUACCCCGUAGCCUGGGGAUGUCCUGGCUUCAACGGCACCUAUGAUAUCUACAGAUACGGUUGCGGCAGUAACUGUCCAAAGAACGAAAAGGGAGACGACAAGGGUAUCGCCAAGCCUCUGUUUGUGAACGAGCUGCCCGGAUACUCGUACCGAAGGCCCUUUGCUCUCGAGAGCCAGGACAUGUUGCAGCUUGCUGUGGUAGAUGAUGGUAUCGAGGCGCAACAUGGAAACUUCUCCAAAUGGAACCUGGCUUACAAUGGUCAACUGGUGGAGCUUGGAAGCAGUCGAUUCGUCAAGGUCGACGACCAGGGAAAGUUCACUCUGACUGCUCCUAACGAUAUUGGAGCUGCUUCUACCGGUUUCAUGAAAGUCGGAGAUAAGUUGAUGUACAACACCAACGAUGGCUUCCACCUGGAGACCAUUGGUGACCAGCUGUAUUCUGUUUAUGCUGACGGAGACGACCAUCUCAAGAUCGUGGAGAUUCUGAGACACUAA